AUGUUCUUAUUUUUAAGGACGGUAUUUUUCUUCACAAUCUUACUUGUGGAGUGCGAAGUUGUGCGUUCAAUGCAGAGUCAACUUUGCACCCCUGUCAGACUGGAUCAUCAACGUUUUGAAAAGAAUAGCUUUGACAGUGCCGAGACGAAUGCGUUGCCACAAAAAGUUUUAUUCAGAAUUAAUGCAUUUGAGCAGGAAUUUAUUCUCGAUUUACAUCCAGAUUCAAGUUUCCUUGCGCCAACCCUGUCCACGCAGAGCGAUGCCGCAGAUCCCAGUUCGCCUGAGAGCGCAGAUUUAAGCCGGUGUUUCUUUGCCGGCGACGUUAACUCUGACCGGGAUUCCUACGCGGCGCUGAGUUUGUGCAAGGGCUUACAGGGUGCUUUUGGUUAUAAUGGUUGGGAAUACUUUAUCAAACCGGUUUUCAACGACGUGUCAUCGAGAGUGCACUGGAGCACAGAGAACACACACGUUAUCCAACGUAGGUUCAACGCGAAUUUGGGCAAUUCUACAUCCAGGUGCGCUGUAGACUCAGGUGUGACACAGGAUGUUGCACGAUCUUUGGAGAAGUAUAAACAUUUCAGAGAACAUCACAUGCAAGAAAUGACAGAGUCUGUAUUGAAGAGCCUGAGUCGAUCUAAGAGAUUCGCCUCCAUUCCCAGAUAUGUGGAAACUCUGGUCGUUGCUGACGAGUCUAUGGCUCAAUUCCAUGGUGACGAUCUGAAACACUACCUUCUGACCUUAAUGUCAGUCGCAGCUCGACUUUACAAGCACCCAAGCAUUCUCAACUCCAUCAACAUCGUAGUUGUCAAGUUUAUGGUGAUUAAUGAGGCUGACAAGGGACCUAAAGUUUCCGGGAACGCAGCGAUGACCCUGCGUAAUUUCUGCACCUGGCAGAAGAAACUGAACAAAAACAGUGACAAGCACGCGGACUACUGGGAUACAGCGAUCCUGUUCACAAAGCAGGAUUUGUGCGGGGCGUCCACCUGUGACACUCUGGGUAUGGCGGACGUGGGUACCAUGUGCGACCCGAAGAGAAGCUGUUCUGUGAUUGAGGACGAUGGCCUGCCAUCUGCCUUCACCACUGCCCAUGAGCUGGGCCAUGUUUUUAACAUGCCCCAUGAUAACGUGAAGGCCUGUGAGGAGGUGUUUGGGAAGUUGAAGGACAAUCAUAUGAUGUCUCCAACUCUAAUCCAGAUUAACCGCACCAGCCCCUGGUCUCCCUGCAGCGCGGCCAUCAUCACCGAGUUCCUGGAUAACGGACAUGGUGACUGUUUACUGGACCAGCCUCAGAAGCCCCUGGCUCUGCCCGACGUCCUCCCCGGAGCCUCCUACACCCUGGAGAGACAGUGUGAGCUGGCCUUCGGCGAUGGCUCCAAACCGUGCCCGUUUAUGCAACCUCCCUGCAGCCGACUCUGGUGCACGGGGAAGACCCACGGGCAGCUGGUGUGUCAGACGCGCCACUUCCCCUGGGCAGACGGCACCGCCUGCGGCGACGGCAAACUGUGCAUGCGCGGAGUCUGCGUGGAGAAACAGGAAGUCAGCAAGAUGAAGGUGGAUGGUAAAUGGGGGAGAUGGGGCGCGUUUGGAGACUGCUCCAGGACGUGUGGUGGUGGAGUUCAGCUGGCGAAGAGAGAGUGUGACAAUCCAGUGCCGGCUAACGGGGGAAAAUACUGUCAGGGUCUGCGUGUAAAAUACCGCUCCUGCAACCUCACCCCAUGUCCCGACACAGGCAAAACGUACCGGGAGGAGCAGUGUGAAGCCUUUAACGGCUUUAGUCUGAACACGAACCGUCUCACCAGUUCUGUGGUCUGGGUACCCAAGUACUCUGGCGUCUCCCCUAAAGACCAGUGUAAGCUCAUCUGCAGGGCAAACGGCACAGGGUACUUCUACGUUCUCGCCCCAAAGGUCGUGGAUGGAACUCCUUGCUCUCCAGAUUCCUCCUCCCUCUGUGUCCAGGGCAAGUGCAUGAAAGCUGGUUGUGACGGCAAACUGGGUUCCAACAAGAAGUUUGAUAAGUGUGGAAUCUGUGGAGGAGACAACAAGAACUGCAAGAAGGUCUCCGGCCUCUUCACCAAGCCCAUACACGGCUACAAUUUCGUCGUCCUGCUUCCGGUCGGAGCGUCAAACAUCGACAUUCGCCAGCGCGGCUACAAAGGUAUGGUGAACGACGACAACUACCUGGCGGUGAAGAACAGCCAGGGGAAGUACUUGCUGAAUGGGAACUACGUGGUCUCCGCGGUGGAGAGGGACAUCAUGGUCCGGGGCAGCCUCCUCCGCUACAGCGGCACCUCCGGCAUGGCCGAGACCCUGCAGGCGGUGAAGCCCCUCGGGGAGGCGCUGACCGUGGAGGUGCUGUCCGUGGGUAAGAUGACUCCUCCCCGUAUCCGCUACUCCUUCUACCUGGCCCGGGAGAACAAGGGGGAGCGCACGAUGAAAAAGGAGGGCCGUGUACGUGCCCAGAACAGCGUCCUGGCAGAGGAAGGAGGAGCAGACUUAGGAG